AUGAAUUUUGAUAGAUUCAACCCCUUGUCGAGUAACUUCAUUUACAAUAAGCAGAAUACACCAAAUGAACCGCAACAGGAUGCAAAGCUUAACGUAAACUCAGAAGUAAGUGAUUGGGGGAUUGAAGAAGAUCUUACACCAACUUCAGCAUUAGGCACAACAUUUUCCAACUACUUGUCUCCUACUGCGUCAUCUACUACAACCACAGUACAUACAAAUACUGUACAGCUACCUCCACCACCACCACAACCGCCUUCUAUGAGUAAUCGCCAGCUGAGUUAUAGUAGCUAUAGUGCUUCUGGAAUUUUGCAUGAUGACACUUUUUUACCACCACAUCCGAUGUAUAUUCACCACCACCAACAACAACAACUGCAUCAGCAGCAACAGCAACAACUGCCUUUCAAGCGAAGGAACUCGAUAAAUCUGAACUCAUCACUGCAAUUUAAUCAACAACACUACCCCUAUCAACUGCAAAAUCACCAUCCGCUAUAUCUAUCACAUUCACAUGCAAGUCAGUUGAAUUUAUUACAGUAUUGUCAGUACUCGGGGAAUGUAAUCUACCCCAAUACGGAAACAUUGUCAAAGUUUAUUGAAAAGUAUCUAUCAAUGGAGCACAAAUUGGGAGAGUUUUGGGAGAAAUUCAAGUAUAACCUUAUAAUAUCCAAUUUGCUUGAAGAUUCAAUGAUUCUUUCCAAAAAUGAGUCGAGUCUACAAUUGCUUAAUUCAACCCCCAUAUCAGCUCCAUUAAAGCAUUUGAAAUUUACCAUCAACGACGAUGGUACUCGAUUGAUUGUGUUAAACACAUCCUAUCAAGUCAAAUACAAUUACCGUUGUAACAACUUCACAACGGUGAUUCUUAUUAUAAAUUUAAUCAUUUAUCUAUUGAAACAACAACAAUCGGCUUAUCUUGGUCGACAGCAUAUGACUUACGAGUCGCAAUUUGCGUUGUUUAAGUUCAUUCUUGCUGUAUCGUCUAAAUUGAUUAAAAUUCGGAAAUUUAAAACAAUUGUUGAAACAAACAAGAUUUUAGACUUGUUGAAUGAUUUUCUAAAGUUGAAUUAUAUUGCCAAUAAGAACUUGAUACUUAAUAUGGUGAAACUAAAAAGUAAGAAGUUGGAUCUAGUUGCUGGGAAUUCAAACUCAACUCAUUUAUUAAACUCACUAUCCUUUUUAAAUUUAACUUUGAGAAGCUUGAUUGUGAAGCUCCUCCCCCAUAUUAAUGGAGAUUUAUUUCAACAAUAUUGUACUAUAAAUAAUAUCAAUGUUGGCAUACUUACGCAAGAGUUUGAUAAUGAAAAUCAAGAUGAACUUGAAAAAGUCAUUUUUAAUAUCAACAAGUUUAAUCAACUACGGAAAUUGCUCAUUUGUCAGUUAAUCACGAUCAAUGAAAAUGCGAGUUGCAAUUUUUUCACCUUGAAUUUGAUGGACCAAUUCCAAACUGAUGAGGUUGAGAGUGACUUGUCUACUUUUGAAAAAGUUGAACUUUUACACGAUGUUCUUAUUGAUCAUAACGAUUUAGUGAGAACAAUCAACAAAAUGUUUACUGAAUUUGAUACAGUUCUUCAGCCACAAGAGCAACUACCCAGUAGUGACGAGGAUAUUACGUUUAAUUUGCAACUGAAUUUGUUUCAAUUCACUUCGCGAGUCAACAAGUUUGCUCACAAUUUGAGUUAUUUCAACAAGUAUAACCAAUCGCUAAGUUUGAACAAUAUUGAGGAGCAGUAUGAAAAGUUGGCUAUAUUUCAACAAUUUCAUGAUGAAUUAAACCAACUAAAAUUGCUCCACAAACAUGCAUUGACAGAGUUGAAUCAAGAGAUUAAUCCUGAUUAUAUUGUGACAAACUCACCAAAAUCAACAGUAUCUUCAUCACCACAGAUAAACCAAGCGGCCUCAUUCAACCUCAAGUCAUUUCAAAAUCCAUCAAUAAAGAAACGAUACUCGUUACCUCCAAACGUCACGUCUUCAGCUUCAGCUUCUUGCACGACUCCUACUUCAAAUGGUACAACAACUACGUCGUCAGCAUCUCCAUCAAAGUCUCUACCAGCGACAAAUCACCCUACUGUUUCAUCAAAACCUAAAAAGUAUAAGCGACUAUCAACUGGCUUACAAUUGGGUCUUCUCACUGUCUUCGAAGAAAACGGUGAUCGAUCACCGGCCAGUCCUGCACCAAUCGCAAAUGGUAAUCGAAACUCUUUAUUAUCAACUACAUCAGACCCGGCAACAAUGGUACGGACUUCGAGCUUACUCCCACCCCACAAAGUUUCCUACGAUGAUAAUUACAUCAAUAUUCUCCCCACUAAUCAAUUUGAAAGCUACAACAAGUCGACAUUGGAUCAAUUGAUAUCAAGUAAAACCAAAAACCGAUAUUCAAAUCAGAAUAAUCGCAAUUCGAUAAGCAUGAGUCGCUUUUCUUUAAAUUCGGUACAGAGUAACAUAUCGGGGAUAUCUGAUUUGAUUUCGACGCAAAUGACUAGUUUCAAUGGCGAUGAUGGUGUAGGUGAAAAAAGUGAACCCAGUUUGGAAUCACGCAUCGAUCAAUCCAACAAUGGACAACAACAAGAGUAUGACAAAUUGGAUGUAAAUGAGUCCUUCUCGGUGGUGGAAAAUUCCGAUCCUGGUCAAAUGACUCAGGAGGAAUUGAAAAUGAAGUUGGAAGCCAGCUUUACCAAAAUUUACAAUUUAGAGGCCGAGAAUAAAAAGCUAAGCAAGGAAAACAACUACAAUAAUGAUAGUCAAGGCAAUGGAAAUGCCAAUGGUGUUCUUCAUGAUGUCACCAAUGAACACCACCUCGUUGAGCCCAAUAUACCCAAUGCUUCAUUUCUCAAGGAUUUGGAAACGAAAUUGAACGCGAAAUAA